AUGAUCUUUGUUUUCUUGAUCAGUACUGAUGUCAGAUUCUUGAUAAUUAUCUGUUUAGCGGAGCUUUUCUCACCGUUUUGCUUGAGUCGAACAAAGUAUGAGACGCCUGCGAUGAUUGAAGCGAAAAUGUCAGGGCGAGUUGUAGCAGUCUGCGGCGAACGCUACUGUGGUGGAGAUGUUGUUGCAACACUUUGUCAACGUGGGUACAACGCCGCACUUAUCAGAGCCGAUUAUGGUUAUUGGAAGAAGAGGUAUCCGGAAGGCUUAUUGACAAAAAAGGAUAAGAAGAAAGUUGACAUUUUCAGACUAACCGCACAAUACCACGAAAAUAAAAAACCACAAAUCGAGAAAAGUAACUUUGUAACAUUGCUUAUAGCAUGGUGAUG